AUGCCCCCAAAGAAGAUGCCCCCAGUUCUCCAAAUGGCGACUCCAGGCACCAAACAACGCAGAGCCAGCGACCUCUUUGGUGAUGCCGCUGAAAGCUCAUUCAUCAUGGACAUAGACGACCAACCAACCCCAACACCAAUCAAUCCAGACCCAAACCGGUAUACACAACCACAGGAGACCCAAUCUCCUAGCCAGACUACUCAACCGCUUCCCGAAACGCCUCCUGCUCAAGGGGGGGGACGCGUUGAAUCAGGGCACCCCAAUGUCCAAGAACCUGCCCAUCAUCAAGCCAAAGAGCCGGAUCAAACUGAGCUUUUGAAAUCACUCAUCAAAUAG